AUACUAAUGUGCAGUUGGAGCUAGCUUGUGUUAUUUCAAAGGCGGACUAUUAUUGGACGAUCCGUGGAUUUGCUCUCCUUGUGUCGUUAGUAGAGUUUAUGUGUUUAAUACGCUCGAUAGUAAACCGUUAAUUAACGUAGAAGAAAGCGAAAGUAGUCUAGCAGACGAAAACAGAAGAGAAAAUGCUUCAAGAGAAUGGAAACGUAAACUUCAUUUCCCAAACUAGACCAAGGAAAUAUGCUCUUCUGUGUGAAAUAUUAUUUCACCGUAGUUAACAUCGACGAGUUAUGUAUGUCACUUGCGGGCCACCGUACAUUUCAUCUUUUGUUAAAACGAAAGAUUCGUAGAUUUAAUAUAAUCAAUUUUGCGUUAAGGAACAUAAAAAUUGUUAAAAUAUAAAAUAAAUUACAUUAAUUUUGUCAAAAAGAUUGCAUAAAGUAAGAGAAUUAGUUAGAACUCUUUUUUUCUCCAGUGGAUUAAGCUUUAGUUUGGAAAUGUGAAGCGGUCAUCAUUUUGCUUCAUUCCGCGUUUGGUUGUCGUGCGCCUUUGUGGAAGUGCAGUAAUAGUGUCCGUUGUUAUUUUUAUUUUGCCUAUUUGUGAAGAAAGUUUGAAAGGAUUUAAUCAUUCGGAGAUUUUUUCAUACGAAAAAACUCCGAGGGCAUGGUGUUAGCCGAAAGAAGUGCAGCAGAAGACAUUCGGAAUGGUCGGCGUUCACGCGCAUCAUCGCCGAACGGACAUUUGUCAGACGACAGCAGCGCCACUGAUGAUUCUGAGCAUGGUAUGAGAAUUGGAGAUGAAUACCAAGCUGUGGUUCCAGAUCUUAUUUCUAGUGAAGCAUGUCCUUCUGGAUUACCAGAAAAAGCAUUAUUGGUGUGGUCUCCAAAUCAUAAUAUUUCUGAAAGCAAAUUGGAUGAAUACAUUACUGUGGCUAAAGAAAAACAUGGAUAUAAUGCUGAACAAGCUCUUGGGAUGCUAUUUUGGCAUAAAUUUGAUUUGGAAGCUGCAACUGCAGAUUUGCCCAAUUUUGUACCCUUUCCUGAUGAAUGGACUGUGGAAGACAAAGUUCUUUUUGAACAGGCAUUUCAGUUUUAUGGAAAAAGUUUUCAUAGGAUAAAGCAUAUGCUUCCAGAUAAGUCUAUGGCUAGUUUGGUUAAAUAUUAUUAUUCUUGGAAAAAGACACGAUGCCGUACCAGUCUGAUGGACCGUCAAGCAAGAAAGUUAUCAACACAUAGUGAUAGUGGGUCAGAAGCUGGUUCUGAAAAUGAUAGUGAUUUUGAAUCAACGAAUAAAGAUGCUCAAAAGGGACAUAAUAUGACAAAGCAGUCUUGUUCCACUUGUAAAAAACCUUCAUCCCAUUUAACUCUUACUGCUACAGGGAAUCUAUGCAGUUCUUGCUAUCAUUACUGGAGACGUACAGGUUUAAAUAGAACAGGAGGAACUUUUAAGAAGCAUGAAUCGACUUCUGCUCGUCAUAAUCCCGCUAAAAAUAGAAGAAAACCUCCCCGAGGAAUGUUUUUGAAUUACGAUGACCUUGUCGAUGUUGCCACAGGACCACAAGGUCAUGGUGACAAUAUUCUCCGAAAGAAGGAUGCCGAGAUUGUUUCUUUGAAACGUCAGAUUCAGAAUAAUAAACAAAUAAUUAGUCAAUUAAGGCAAAAGUUGUCAUCUGGAGUUGAUGCAUUUCGAGGAUCAGAAGGAAAAAAUCGUAUUAGUGCUAGAUGGGCAAAUGAAGAAUUAUUAUUAGCAAUACAAGGCAUAAGAAAAUACGGAAGAGAUUUUAAGGCUGUUGCCGAGGUGAUAGGCACCAAGACAGAAGCGCACGUCCGAAGUUUUUUCAUAACGUAUCGUAGGCGAUACAAUUUAGAUUCGGUCCUACAAGAAUACGAAGCCGAGCAUGGAAUAGCAAAUGAGGAUACAAAAGAUGAGCUACAAAUAGAAAUCGAUAGCGGUGCUAGUAGUCAUUCGGGUUCGCCCAGCAUAACAGUUGCAGGAUCUACGUCACCAACCAGUUUCAGAAGCGGAGAUCCAUCCAUUCAGACCAGUUGCCCGCAAUGAAGUCUAUGCACCAUAGAUUUGACUUACGGAGAUUCUAGCGUUGGAACAAUCAUCCAGGUCGAGCACCGGUUUUAAACGGGACGCGAACACGAUGUAUAAUUUAUGUCGUUUUUCUGAUAUAAUACCGAUCGCACUUCUUUCCGCCGACGAAAUCGUAGACCCUAAAGUCAGAUUUUGCCUAAUCUACUCAGGAAUCGUCCGGAUGCCGUCGUCGGAGAUUGCCAAAAUCUUCGAUCUAGCACGUCCUUAACAGGGAAAUGUAAUAACAUGAGAGAGUGAGUGUGUUGGUCGAGUGACGUUUUUGAAAUAAAUGCUCAUUUCUCUAA